AUGGAGUCCAAGAUCCCCGACUUCCUGGCUGAACAGCAAGCAAACGGCACCCCCGAGACGCAAACCUACUUCCUUACCUUCGAAGAUCUCUGGGAACGAAAGCUAUGGCAUCAACUCACAGACGCACUGGUGGAAUUCUUCCGCUUGCCGGAGAGUGCGCCACAGCGGUUAGCCAUCUUCAAGACCUUUGUGCUCAGCUUUGCCGACCGUAUCAACCAGCUCAAGUUCGUUGCGCUGGGAUUGAUGGCAUCAACAGAAUGUGCUGAUGACAAAGAACGACUUGCUUUCCUCACAUCCCUCGCAGGCAAGGUCGACCAGCCUGAAUCACAAGAUGCCUAUGUCUAUGCGCUUGCCGAUGUCGCCAAUAUCAAGCUACGACUACCAGAUUUGGAGGGAGCACAGAAGGAUUUGGCAACCUGCCAAAAUGUCUUGGACUCUUUUGACUCAGUCGAGACAGUCGUGCAUGCGUCCUUCUACAAAGUAAACGCAGACCAUUACCACGCUAAGCAAGAAUUCGCGUCCUUCUACAAAAACGCCCUUCUCUACCUGGCCUGUAUCGACCUGGAAGAGUUACCCGAAAGCGAGCGUGUCUCCCGCGCCUACAAUCUCAGCGUUGCUGCCCUCGUUUCCGAUUCGAUUUACAACUUUGGCGAGCUGUUGCUGCACCCCAUUCUCGAUUCCCUGACCAAAACCCCACAUAACUGGCUCCGCGAUCUACUCUUCGCCUUCAACCGCGGAGACUUGACUGCAUACGACGUGCUUGCGGGUAACAUUAGCAAGAACAAGCUGCUGGAGUCGCACCGUGUAUUCCUCUAUCAGAAGAUUUCCCUUGCGGCUCUCACGGAGAUGGUGUUCCGACGCCCUCCCCACGACCGCUCCAUGGCUUUUUCGGCCAUUGCCUCCGAGACCAAGGUGCAGCCUGAUGAGAUCGAGCAUCUGGUCAUGAAGGCUCUUUCUCUUGGUCUGCUACGUGGUUCAAUCGAUCAGGUUGCGCAGGUGGCACAGAUUCACUGGGUGCAACCCAAGGUUCUGGAUAUGAAUCAGAUUGAUGGUAUGCGAAACCGAUUGAAGGAUUGGGAUGCUGGUGUCAAUGAGCUAGGACACUGGAUUGAAGGAGUUGGUAAGGAUGUCUGGGCCGCAUAG